CCCAGUUUCAAAAUUAGAAGAAAAAAGCAAAAAACCAAAAAGAAAAAAAAAAUUGUUGGUAUAAUUAGAAGUGUUGUAUUUGUUUCCCAAUGAUUGAGUGUUGAAGAGAAACUUGCCAAGAAUCUCUUCUGAAGUUGUGGAAAGGAAAAAAAAAAAAAAAAAAAAAAGGAGAUGAAGUCCAUGAACAAUGAUGAAAACAACAACAAUAGUAAUAAUAACUGGUUGGGUUUCUCCCUCUCCCCUAAUAUGAAAAUGGAGGUCCCUUCUUCUGACCCUCAUCACCAACACCACCAAACACUUCAUAAAUCCUCUUCUUCUUCUUCUUCAACUUCUUCUACAACUGUUUCCUCUUCAAUACCAUCAAAAAACUUUUUCCAUUCCACAGCAGUACCACUCCCACCACAGCAUAACUAUGGCCUUUACUAUGGAGUUGAUCAAGGAGAAAAUGGUGGCUUCUAUUCUCCUCUUUCUGUUAUGCCACUUAAGUCUGAUGGGUCUCUUUGUAUAAUGGAAGCUUUUUCCAGGUCCCAGCCUCAAGCAAUGGCGACAAGUUCAACACCAAAACUAGAAUACUUCUUUGGGACCCAUCACUAUGAAAGCAAUGACAGAGAAGUAAUGGCUCUGAGCUUGGACAGCAUGUUCUACAACCACCAUGACCCAAACACAAACCAAAACUUGCUCAACCAAGAUCAUUACCAUCAUCAAAAUCCACAACAACAACAGCAGCAACAACAUCAACAACAACAACAACAUCAACAACAGCAACAGCAACAGCAACAGCAACAGCAACAGCAACAUUAUUCUUAUAAUUACUUAGACACCCAGAUUCCAGCAAUGGCAAAUGAUGGGGUCCACCAUGAAAACAUGAAGAGCAACUGGGUCUCGAGGAACUAUUGCAUGGCUGAAAAUGGUGGUGAAUCUGGGGCUAGUAACAAUAGUAAUAUAUGUGGAACGGGUUAUGGGGAUUUUCAGUCAUUGAGCUUGUCGAUGAGUCCUGGCUCUCAAUCAAGCUGUGUCACCGCGGCCUCACAGCAGAUAUCACCAAGUGCUGCUGUGACUGAUCGUUGUGCAGUGGCCAUGGAUACCAAGAAAAGAGGUCCUGAAAAGGUGGAUCAAAAGCAAAUCGUUCAUAGGAAGUCCAUUGAUACGUUUGGCCAGAGAACUUCCCAGUACCGAGGUGUUACAAGGCACAGGUGGACUGGUAGAUAUGAAGCCCAUUUAUGGGACAACAGUUGCAAGAAAGAAGGCCAAAGUAGGAAAGGAAGACAAGUUUAUCUUGGAGGGUAUGAUAUGGAAGAAAAAGCAGCAAGAGCUUAUGAUUUAGCAGCACUCAAGUAUUGGGGACCCUCUACUCAUAUCAACUUCCCAUUGGAAAAUUAUCAGAAGGAACUUGAAGAAAUGAAGAACAUGACCAGACAGGAAUAUGUUGCUCAUUUAAGAAGGAAAAGCAGUGGAUUCUCGAGGGGGGCUUCAAUAUACAGAGGAGUAACAAGGCAUCAUCAGCAUGGACGAUGGCAGGCUCGGAUUGGCAGAGUUGCUGGAAACAAAGAUCUUUAUCUUGGGACAUUCAGCACUCAAGAGGAAGCUGCCGAAGCAUAUGACAUAGCAGCCAUAAAGUUCCGCGGGUUAAAUGCCGUAACCAACUUUGACAUAACAAGAUAUGAUGUCGAGCGGAUCAUGGCAAGCAAUACCCUUCUUGCAGGAGAUCUUGCUCGGCGAACCAAGGAGGCAGGAUCACCAGGUAGUGAGGCUGCAAAUCACAACUCUGCUACUAAUAGUGUCAGUGAUGAAAUCACAAUGUCAAAGGACAAUGAGAGCGAAUCGGAUUGGAAAAUGUCACUCUACCACUCGUCUCAGCUACUUGAUCAGAAGCCUCUUAGUAUUGACACUUACAAAACCGAAUCUUUCUCAGUUGCCCCACUGAGUAUGAUUCACCAAGAGGUGGAAGAUUCGGCUAAAAUGGGGACUCACUUGUCCAAUGCUUCGUCGUUGGUGACUAGUUUAAGCAGCUCAAGGGAAGGCAGCCCAGAUAAGAGCAGCCAUCCCACGCUUUUCGGAAUGCCUCCGUCAGUUUCCAAGUUCUUUACUAGUCCAACAAAUGCUGUGAAUUCUUGGAUCCCUACGAACCAACAGAGGCCUGCGAUUUCUAUGCCUCACAUGCCUAUUUUCGCUGCUUGGACCGACACCUAGACUUGUAAUCUUGCUAAUCCACAACAGGGUUUUCUUUUGGAUGAACAAAACUUAAAAGUUCCAUUGUGGGAUCAAUGGUUGUUGUAGGUGGGACCUGUUGGUGAAAAAUAGUUUAACUGUUCAAGAGCUUCAAAAUUUUCAAGUUUUCCUUUUAGCCUAAUCUUGUCAAG